GCUGCUGUAGAUGCAGAACUAUCCAAAGCCAUAAUGGCUCGAUGUUUCCACCCCUCUCUGAUCGCCGCGGAGGCCUGGGAGGGAUACAUGUUUAAUGAUCAGCAGAUCAGGAUCAAAGAGUCCACAGACCUUUACGGUGCUGUGCUCUGGCCCUCGGCGAUGGUGCUGUGUCAUUUCUUAGAGACCAACCGAGACAAUUACAACCUAACAGACAAGAACGUGAUUGAACUGGGAGCUGGAACUGGGCUGGUCACCAUCGUAGCCAGCCUGUUAGGUGCUAAGGUUACCUCCACUGACCUUCCUGAUGUGUUGGGGAACCUCCAGUACAAUGUUUUGCGCAACACCAAGGGUAGAUGCAAAUACAUCCCACUGGUCACUGAGCUGAUCUGGGGUCAGGAGGUGGAGCAGCGUUUACCUCAUGCCACACACUCUUUCGACUACAUCCUGGCAGCUGACGUGGUGUAUGCUCAUCCGUUCCUGGAUGAGCUGAUGGACACCUUUGACCACCUGUGUCAGGAUAACACACAGAUCCUGUGGGCCAUGCGCUUUCGCCUGGACCCAGAGAACAGUUUUGUGGAUCGCUUUCAGCAACGCUUCCACCUGGAGAUGCUGUACGACCUUCCGAGUCUGAGUAUCAAACUGUACCGAGCCUGGAGGAAGCUGAGGACAAAGGACCAAAGAGAGGCUGCAGGCUGAACUGUUUCACUUGCUUGUGUGUGUGUGUGUGUGUGUGUGUGUGUGUGUGUAUGUGUGUUGUUUGUUUGUUU